GGCAUAGGUAGGUAAACAUGAAAGGCGGGACUUGCCGUUCAGUGUAUAGCCUCAACUCGGUAUUAAUAAUUCUACACCUCUUCCACCUCUUCCACCUCUACAAUCUGAAUGUUCACAACGUCCACCUUGGUAAGCAACCGAGGCAACACACUGGUAUCGAUAUCAUCAUCUUUCGAGAAAACCACGCCCAUCGGGAAUUUUCCCCCUCUUCAAGAAUAUCGUGGUUUACACGGGGAAAACUUUACUUUGUGGGGAUCAUCCGUGCUUUGAAUCUAUGCAGGGGGGCGAUGGGUCGAUGAUCUGCGAACGGGUUCAUCGAUGGUUUGGCAAUACAUUUGGAAUUCCGGGAUCGUGUAACGGAAAUGUAACGGGGAUUUUCCAGUCCAAUGAUGAAAUGCCCGUUCCAAGAAUAGGAUUGAAAAGAAAUGUCUUAAAGCCCGGAUGUCCAUAAAUCUUUCUCUGUGCAUCGCGUGUUCCCUGGCGCUUUGCUUUAAUUUUGGGGUGCAUAUGAAGAUCUUACAUUCGCUAUCGAUAAUAAUAUGUAAGAUAUCAGAUCAUCAGAAUUUGAUUCGGAAUGACGGAAAGUCAUGCAUGGCAGCUAUAUGUAGCUGUGUGUGUUUGUUACCCUUUGGCAUUUAUCGGGGUGUUAUUAAGAACUUAUGUCAGGUACUUUAUGCAGAAGGUUAUGGGAUGGGAUGAUUGGUUGAUGAUACUCAGUUUGGCCGUUUAUACCAUGUACACGAGUUUCGUUUUAACAGGAUUACACUAUGGAACCGGACGACAUCAAGUGGAUCUGGAGGAAAGUGAUUUCCUAUGGGCAAUUAGAUACUGGUAUUUCAGCGAAUGGGCUUAUGUCGUGGCGAUGACUAUAAUAAAAACUGCCAUCGCUCUUUUCUACCUCCGAAUUAUGGUUAUCCCCUGGCAUCGAGUCGCUGUAAAAGUCAUUAUGUGGAUUGUGCUACUCUUCGGCUUUGUAUAUUUCUGGUGCGUGGUUAUACAAUGCUGGCCUAUACCUUACAUUUGGGAACGAUACGCCACGACUCUUGAUAGAAGCACGGGAAAUUGUUUGCCUAGAGGAAUCGUUUUGGGUGGAACGUAUUUGCAUAGUAUUAUAAGUGCUGGAAGUGAUUGGGCAUUGGCUUUACUGCCAAUUGUCAUGUUGUGGAAUGUGCAGAUGCCAACUGGUAUAAAACUUAUCGUCGGGGGAAUUGUCGCGUGUGGUGUUAUUGCUAGCACAGCAACCAUCAUUCGUAUUCCCACUGUUUCAACUAUAUUGGAUCGUGAGGAUUUCCUUUUCAAAAGCAUCCCCCUAGCCGUUUGGUCGACCGUUGAACCUGGAAUGGCUAUAUUCGCCGCGUCUCUCGCUACUCUCCGACCACUACUUCGAAGAAUCUUCCCCAAUCAUUUCCGAAACGCAGCAAUUCCAUCACUACCAUCAUUGAGAAUCCCCACAAAUCUGGCGAGGGAGGUAGAACCGUCAGAUGAUGUUGAGAUGGGAACUAACACGGCAUGCUACAGCGAGCCAAGACCUGGGCAGACUUCAGAAGAAAGCCUGGAGACUAUACAAAUUCAUUUGGAUGACCGCAUUGAGCUCGGUAGAAGUACAAGUAAAUCAAUGGAAAUUUACGAGGAGUCUCCAAGUCUUGAUUCGAGUUCAGAGGGGAGUGAUGAAGAAAUGAUGGAAUUGUCGCAUACAUCUCGGGGACCAUCUCUACGUCUCGCACCAUUAGUUUUCUCUCCAACAUGUCUCUCGCACACAAUUCCUUCGCCAUCAACACUUUCACCUUCACAUGUCGCGUCGUGUAUGAGGGACAGUCAGUACAAUAGGAAUUCGAAGGUAGUCAUACCGUCUUCACCUAUUUGAAGCUAUUUUGAAAUCUUUACACAAUCAAAAGUAUAAAAGCGGAGUAUGAGUAGACUCCUGCACUCAAUCAUAUACGCAAUGUGAUCUAGGAUUGAUGUCUGGGUAUCGGACAUGGAUGAAAUAUCAGACGGGUCCCAAAUCAAUCGAAAGACACUCCAACGAGAUGCCAAACGCUGGUUUGAAUACCUUUAAUCACUGAAGACACAACAAAGGUGUUGAACCUAAAUUGAGAAUCAAAGGUGAGAAUGCAAGAGGAGCAAAUAAAAGCAGGAUUCCGUCUUCCACACAACGCAGAUGAAUCAACGGGAGACCCUUUCUGCAGCACGCCAAUCACUAUCUGCGGAUUCCAUGCUCACAUUCUAAUUUCAUCUCGCCUAAUCUUAGUAGAGCACAUCGGUAUUUUUACAUCAUUUCGGUUUGAAGGACAAUAGCAUCAGACUGACAGAUCGAUCCUGCAAAAUGGACAUGGCCUUUGCGGGUUGAGGUGGAAGAUGGUGUAAACGCAAUAGGUUGAAGAGAGAAAGAGCAUGAUUGGUGGGGCUCAAUGGUGUAAUGAAAAGUGUUCGGAGUAAGAAAAGAACACAUAUACGGCAUGAUGUUGGGAUAUUGUCGAAAUUUCGCCGCUUAAGGCUCACUCCUUGGGGGUGGGGUUGCAAUAGCAAGAGCCGAGGCCUGAACUUCUUUAAUCCUUGAUGAUUAAAUCUGUAUCAAGUUACCAAACGUAUUAACAUGAAAAGAAUUAAUAAAAU